AUGGCGCGGCCGCUACCCUCCGUCGCCUUCCCUCCGCGCACCGAGACCGGCGGCGGGGGGGAGAAGGCGGGGCGCCGGGGUGGUGAGGGGGGGAGUGAGCAGCGCCCCGGCCGCCUCCCUCACCGGACCCCCCGCCGCCCGCCCCGAGCCGGCAGCAGCCGUUCGCCUCGCCGCCCGCAAGGGGCGCCGCCGCCGUUGCCGGCCCGCUGUCACUUCACGGCGGCGGGGCAGCGCAAAGCGGCCGGCCCUGGCCCCAUGGAGCCGCUGCGCUCCCGGCCGGCCCCCGCCGCCUCAACUCCACAGCGCCCGCUCCUCACCGCACCGCACCCCCCGCCCCCCCCGGCACCAGCAGCCAAUGGGCGGCCCCGCCUCAGCCUCGCGCGCACCCCCCCCCCCGCCCCAGCGGGGCCCAGCGUCGCUCUCGCGCCCGGCGCGCCGCACGCGACCCCGCUCCCCGCGGGACAACCCGCGCCCCCCGCCGGCGUCCUCCUCCUCUCCCCGCUUCACGCUCUUACGCAGACCACGCCCCCACGGGUUACGUACCGCGUGGGGCGCGCUCCUCCGCGGCGCGAUGGCGGCGGCGGCGGCGGGCCCGGGCGCUCUCCCGGCUCCCCUCAGCCGCGGCAGGGCGAGGGCGCAGCGCCUGUCCCGCGGGUGGCCCCGGGAGAGAGAAGACCCCCGGUGCGGGCGGAGGAGGCCGUGGUGCGGGGCGGCCCGCGCCCUCGGGGCCCGGCGGGAAAGGCCGUCGCCGAGGAGCCGGGCAUGGCUCGGUGGGCACCGCGGGCGCUGGAGUCCUGGAGGUGA